AUGCCCUCUGAUAUUGACGCUGGAUCUGACGCUCCCAGCGAGCCCCUUCACUCAAACAAACCCGAGCACUCUCAGGCUCCGGAGGGCUCUGACACUUCUGUUGGAGGCAACCUCAAAAAGCCCUGGCGCGAGCUUCCAGAGUUCAAGUCUGCCGAGGACAAUGUCCAGGUCAGCAACGUCCGGGACAUGCGCCUCUUUGGCAACAAUAUGAACGCACAUUCUUGA